AGUAUCGAUAGUAUUUGAUUGCAAAUAACCAUUGAUAAGCAUAAACAUCAGACUACAACAAAGACAAUGUCGGCAACAAAUCCAUUGAGCAUUUGGCCCUUUUUAACCGGCUAUCCAUUCCAAGGCCUUAAAGCUUUGGGUUAUUCAUCGGCAUCUCAACCCGGUGGACACACUUUGAGGUGUCUUGAACAUCCUCUUUCGCGAACCGGCUUCUUGGGUUCAUGUCGAUGCUCAGAUCUUCCAGGUGAUUGUGCUUAUCAUCCGAUGAUAAUUAAAGAUCGAAAUCCAAGUAAUAAUAAUAGUGCUUCAAGUAAUCCUGCAAAUAAUAAUAAUAAUAAUUGUUCAAAUUCCAACUCAAAUAAUUCAAAUAGUAAUAGUAAUAAUAAUAAUGUUAGUAACAAUAGUAAUAAUAGUAAUAGUGUUAAUAAAAGUAAUAAUUCUAGUGGGAACAAUCAACAUCAUCAACAGCAAUCAUCAUCACAACACGCUCAUCACCAUGUUCACCAUCAACAGUCUCAACAGUCUCAAUCUCAACAACAGAUUCACCUUAAUAGUCGACUUCACGGUUCCAAUUCUGGUUCAAAUGUUUUGAUCAACAAUUUAACCAAUACCAUUAACUCUGGACCAUUGAGUGUAAUUCAUCACCAUCUUAACGGUAACUCUGACCUUUCCAAUCACAGUAACCGAAGUACUUCAUCAACUGAUUCCAACAUGGGUAGAUGUUUGGUUGAUGAUGAUGAUCAUGAUCAUUCGCAAGAUGGCAGUUCUAAGCGACGUCGAACCCGAACCAAUUUCAAUUCAUGGCAACUGGAGCAACUGGAGAAAGCCUUUGAAGCCUCUCAUUAUCCAGAUGUAUUCAUGAGGGAAUCCCUUGCAUCUAAACUUGAUCUAGCCGAGGCAAGAGUUCAGGUUUGGUUUCAAAAUCGUCGAGCCAAAUGGCGUAAAAAGGAGCACACAAAGAAAGGUCCAGGUCGACCUGCCCACAACGCUCAUCCACAAACCUGUUCAGGCGAUCCAAUUCCUCCCGAUGAAAUAGUUAAACGAGAUCGUGAUAAAAGGGAAAAGAAGAUGCGAAAACAAUUGGAAAGGCAAGCUAAACGGUUGCAACAGUCAAAGUCAAAGCCCGGAGUCAACACGGCCACCCUUACCGAGGGUAUAAUUCAAAGUCUAAUUGAGUUGCGUUCAUUGAACAGCCGUAAAGAGGCUCGCGAUUUGGUCGGCUAUGAGACUUACUCUCUACUCGUUGACGGACUAAGUUUGGAUGUAAAUGACAUAAUGUCCAAACCAAUUAGUUCACUUAAUCGAAUGGGUGGAAAUGGUUCCAAUGGCGGCAAUGGAAGCGGUUCCUCAGCACAUCAUCAUCACCAUCACCACCAACAACACCAUCAUCACCAUUCAACAUCAUUAUCAUUAUCACCCAAUUCAUGUUCAUCUUCAUCAUUAUCGCCCUCCUCUUCUUCAGGUUCAACACCUUCAGGUUCAUUAUCAUCAACAACCAUUACAACAACCAGCCUACCAAACUCAUCAUCAGCAUACAAUGACACUAAUGGUUGUAACACUUCAAACAAGGUAAAUGGUAAACUUGGCGGUUCAUCAUCUUCCGCUUCUCAGCAUCUUUUGUCAACCAGUCGAUCAUCCAAUGUUGUCGGGCUUGCUGGUCGAAUCGGUUCAAGUGGAAACUUUUCACCGGCAAAUGCUCAAUUCUCGUCACUCCUUUCAAGCCACCACUCGCACCACCACCACUUUCAUCAAUUGCAUCAAAAUUUAACUGCCACCCUGACAUCAGCCUCUUCUUGUUCCUCUUCAACUCCUUCAGCAUUCAAAUCAAAAUUCAAUUCAUUUUCCAUUGAAAAUCUUCUCUCUAAUUGCAAUAAAAACUCGCCCCUAUCAAGCUCACCCAAUCAACCUAAAUUAACCUCAUCAACCGGAUCGUUAACAAUAACACCAGGAACAGGAACACUGGCAACAGGGUCAAAACACAGUUCGUCCAAAUCAUCCAAUCAACUAUUAAUGAGUAAACGUGAUUCAAGGAAAGCCAACUCUCGUCAUUUGUAUCAGGGAUCACACUUGUUCAAAGAUAAUCAUGAACCCUCAUCCGAUCACGAUGAUUCCGAUUCAAAUGAUUUGGCCUCUUUCAUGUCCUCCUCACCACGACCCAGCAGUCCAGAAGAUGAUCUGGAUGAUAACAAUGGACCCAUUGACUUGGGACCAACUCGAUCCAGAGGUUUACCAACACCAAUAAUGUUGAUCCAAAUGAAUACCAAAGAAGAGGAAGAAGAGGAAGAGGAAGACGAAGAAGAAUCUCAAAAUGAAGAUUCAGACAACUCCGACAAUGAAACCGAAGUCAACCAUCACAAUGCAACCAAUGAGAUGAGUGAAGAUGAGGUUGAAAGGCCCAAGUCCAACAUGAUGGUUGAAGAGGAAGAGGAAGAAGAAGAAGAUAAAAAAGAUGAAUCAAAUUCAGACGAUAAGCUCAAUCAUUAUCCAAGUCAAAGCAAAGGUGAAGGUGAAGAUGCAAUGAAAGCAACAGAAAAUGAUUUAAGUGAUAUCGAAGUUGAUGGUAAUUAAUUAGCUAAUUAAUUCCUUUUUACCCACCAAACUUCUAAUUUGUAUUUAUUUUCAUCAUCACCAUCAACCUCAUCAU